GCCAUCAUCAUAGCAAUAACAUGUGAUUUUUUUUUGUUUUUUUUUGAAAAAUUUUUGAUUGAUUAAGGAUGAUGAUGAUGUUGAAUUUUAGAUUUAUUCAACAAUGUCGACAUAUAAUAUUUGUUAGAAAUUUUUGUUCGAAAAAAGCAAAUCCAAAAACAAUAGAUGGACCUGAUUUUCAGCAUUUUUUACGUCAAUCCACUGCAUUGAAACAAAAACCAUUUGUAAUGAAAUGGGAUAAUGAACCAUAUAUUGAACCCGAAAGCUUAUCGGGAAAUGAUAGUAAAGUUUUUAUCAAAACCUAUGGUUGUCAAAUGAAUGUCAAUGAUACAGAAAUUGCUGCCAGUAUCCUCGAACAAUAUGAUUAUAAAAUUGUCAAUAAUAUUGAUGAUGCGGAUAUUGUUUUCCUAAUGACAUGUGCCAUACGUGAAAAUGCCGAAAACAAAGUAUGGUCAAAAUUAUAUGAUCUGGACAAGGCAAAACGUAUGGGUCGAUUGAGAAAAUUUGGUCUACUUGGCUGUAUGGCUGAACGAUUAAAAGCGAAAAUUGUCGAGCAAUUACCUACGAUUGAUGUUGUUGCUGGACCAGAUAGCUAUCGACAUUUGCCAAAAUUAUUGGCCAUCAAUUCGUUACAGGGUCAAAGUGCUAUCAAUGUAUUGUUAUCAAUGGAUGAAACAUAUGCCGAUAUAAUACCACGGAAUCAAUCGAAACAUUCUGCAUAUGUAUCCAUAACACGUGGUUGCAAUAACAUGUGUUCAUAUUGUAUUGUACCAUUUACGCGUGGUCGUGAACGUUCCCGAUCAAUUGAUUCGAUAUUGAAAGAAGUCGAUAACAAAAUUAUUUCUGGUUGCAAAGAAAUAAUAUUGCUCGGACAAAAUGUAAAUAGUUAUCGUGAUUAUAGUAAUGACCAAAAUCAUCACUCAAACGAAUCACGAUUAGCUGAUGGUUUCAAAACAAUAUAUCGAUCAAAAUCUGGAGGUGCCGGUUUUGAUGAACUAUUACGACAGGUUGCCCAUUUGAAUCGUAAUGUACGAAUUCGUUUUACAUCACCACAUCCAAAAGAUUUUAAUGAUUCAGUUCUACAUGUAAUUGCUGAUCAUCCGAAUAUCGCUAAAGGAUUACAUCUACCAGUUCAAAGUGGAUCAAAUUUUGUUUUGGAAAGAAUGCGACGUGGUUAUACACGUGAAGCUUAUCUUCAACUAGUCAAACGAAUACGGGAUUAUAUACCGGAAUGUGGUCUUAGUAGUGAUUUUAUCUGUGGUUUUUGCGAUGAAACCGAUGAUGAUCAUAGACAAACAGUUGAUAUCGUCGAGAAUGUUGGCUAUUAUAUUGCCUAUAUAUUUGCAUAUAGUAUGCGUGAUAAAACCUAUGCAUAUCAUCAUCUCAAUGAUAAUGUACCCCAAUCAAUCAAAAUUCAACGAUUAAUUGAAUUAAAUCAAGUUUAUCGACAAUUAUCCACCCAAAUGAAUCGACAAUUGAUUGGGCAAAGACAAUUAAUACUUGUUGAAGGUGUAAGUAAAAAAUCACCAGAUGAAUUAUAUGGCCGUAAUGAAGCAAAUCAAAAAGUGAUCAUACCGAAAUCAUUAUCGAAUCAAUAUAUGAUUGGAGAUUUUCUAGAUGUUGAAAUUACCGAUUGUACACCGGUAACAUUGAUGGCACGUCCAAUUCGUACGACAUCCAUCACUGAAUUUUAUACAUCGAAACAAUGAACAAAUUUGACUAUGAAAAUUGUAAUUUUAUUUUAUUUUUUGUCUAAAAAUAAGAGAUCACAUUGAUUUGAUAUGA